GAUUUGCCAAGCCAGUUGUUAUCCAGCCUCGGUUAAAGAUGUACUCGUUUAAGCUUCACCGGUUCGGGUUUUCAUCCUUGUUUGUGCUUUGUUUUUGUCAAGUAACAAUUGAAGUCAGUGCGGAAUAUUUGGGUUGCUAUCUAGAUCAAAGUGAGAACAGACUUUUGGGCGAAAUCAGAGAAUGGAGCGAUCAACUGACUCCUAGCGCAUGCAUCGAUAUUUGUUCAAAGGGAGGUUAUCCCUUUGCCGGAGCACAAUGGGGGUCAGAAUGCUUUUGUGGGUACAAUCGACCGCCUCAAAUCGCUAAACGGCCCGAAUCCGAAUGCUCGAAACCCUGCAGUGGUGAUGCUAAGGAACAAUGUGGUGGCAAUUACAGAAUGAAUGUUUACACUACAGCUGUGUCAGGACUAGGAGCUCUGCCUAGCGGCUUUUACCAGGGUUGCUUCAAGGAAAACGCGGGAAUAUCAACAAUAUUUAAUUUAUCGGAGAGACUUCUGUCCGGGUUUCGUCAAGACUUCAACGGGUUGACGCCGAAAAUGUGUUUCGAGUUUUGUUUUAAAAAGGGGUUCAAGCUAUCGGGACUUCAGUGGGGGAAAGAAUGUUACUGUUCAAAUAAGAGACUGGACUUGAUCAUGAAGAAGAAAGUAGACGAUAUAGAGUGCAGUUCGCCGUGCGAUGGCGACGAUUCAAAAAAAUGCGGCAGUGGAUGGCGACUCAGCGUUUACGCAACUGGACUUACCGAUGUGCCCGCGAAUGGAAGACUCAUUGGUUGCUACUCAGAUAGCCCGCCAAAAGCUACAGGAGAAGAUGCUCAACUCCAGCACCGGAGAGUGUUGCCGGAUUUCAAAAUCGAUCUGACGAAGACCAAUUCGCCGCGAACUUGCAUGAAUCUCUGUUAUCAAAUGGGAUUCAGCUAUUCCGGAGUUCAAUACGAGUUCGAAUGUUUCUGUGCGCGUAAUGGUCCUCCACAACAUAGGAUCAAACCCGACGAUAAUUGUAAUAAAAAAUGCCCCGGUGACUCAGCUGAGACCUGUGGAGGAGGCUGGCGUAUACAGAUUUAUAAGACCCCUCUAGCAGAUAAAUCAGAACCAAAAUUCACUGAUCGCCCUGUGCUUCCGGUCAAAACUACUGCAGCCCCAAUGCAAUCGACAACCCAGCGCAACAACUGUGUCUUGUCAACAACAACUGUUAAAGGAAAACGAGUGUGCAAGAAUUCGGUCAUUUUUUCGGACGAUUUCAAAAAGUUUGACCCGAAGCGAUGGAGACACGAAAUUAAAAUCGCCGCAAAACCGGAUUACGAGUUUGCCAUUUAUGACGCCAAGCCCGAGAAUACUUAUACUAAAGACGGGGUUCUUCAUAUUCAACCAACAGUAUUUGAUGACAAUUUCGUUGAAAACGGACGAAUCGAUCUCGAAAGAUGCACAGGAGAUGCUUUUAACGACGAAUGCUCGAGAAACACAGACUUUUUCAUAUUGCCACCGAUACAAUCUGCACGAAUUUCGACCAAGCAGACGUUCAGUUUCAAAUAUGGAAUCGUUGAAAUCCAAGCCAAACUUCCGAUCGGUGACUGGAUAGUGCCGGAGAUAUGGCUGGUGCCGGCUGACAACGCUUACGGAUCGUACUACGAAUCUGGAAAAAUCCGUUUUACGUCACGAGGAAAUUCAGAUUUAAAGUACAAAGACGAAACAGAUAUGGGAUAUCAGACAUUGGAGGGUUCAGUAAUGAUGGGCUACGGACAAACAAUCAAAAGUAGAUCAGUUUACUACUCCAAUACGAAUGGCUGGCGGGAUGACUUCCACAAUUUCACCAUCAUUUGGACCCCAGAUGAUGUUUCGUUCCUCGUCGAUGGGAGGAAAAAACAGAACAUAAUGCAAAACGCUUAUGGUUCCCGACUCAGUGACAUGAUUGGAUUUUCCAGCUCGGAGAUAAGGGUAUGGAAUGCAGGCUCUCCAAUUGCACCUUUUGAUCAGCCGUUCUACAUCAGUCUUGGUGUCUCCGUAGGAGGAUUACGCGAUUUCGAGGAUGGCGCAACGAGCAACGGUCAUGUCAAACCAUGGACUAACACGGACCCUAGGGCUUUACUGAAGUUUUGGAACCAGCGGAGUGAAUGGUUACCCACUUGGCAAAAGGACACAUCUCUAGUCGUUAAAUCAAUCAAAGUUACAGCUUUAUAGUGCUUUAGGACUAUGUCUCAAAUGUGGAGGCAUAAGUUUUCAGCCUUUUACACAAGUCUGAAAUCAAAAUAAAAGACUGCAUUCUUCUUUGUCAAUUUAUACCUCAGGAAAAAAUGUAUAAAAAUCAACGAUCAACCUUCAUAGUCUC